GAUGGAUCAGAUAGAGAAAGACAAGACCGAUAGAGAGCCCCGCUUCGACCCAACAUUUCUGUCUUUCACAUGCUUUUCGACAGACUGCAGUCAGUCCCUCCCCGUGGGCCCGUCUUCACCGCGCAGGACAUCUCCACUGGCAGAGGGGAGAAAAUGAUGAAGAAAACAGGGCGAGCGAGUCUGCGAUGAUUCUUGCAUGGGUCAGAGACGGAAGAGAAAGACAGGAGGAAAAAGACUCGUGGGCAUACCUAGCCAACUAAGAUGGGAGGCGGAGGGCCCCUUUGUGUAUGGUUCGACCAACAUGUUGCGCAAUUCUGCUACGCAACACGCUGGGACGCGCAUAGUAGGAUGUAACAAAGACAAAAGGAUUUCGAGCCAAAGUUCCGUGCUUGCAGAGACUCGAGGAACGGAUACCGGAUACCUAAUAGCUACCUAUCUCACAAAACAUGAGGUAAACUUUCCUUCAUCUGACGGGACGCUCUUUCCACUUCGUAUCAGACUAUCUGCGAGCCUGCCACCGCCGAUUCGAUCCAUCCGCCCAUCAUCAGAUUCCCGCCCCAGCCCGCUCUCAGCGGGAACGACUGCCAAAAGGAACAAGACGCAAACCGGGGCAGAAACGGCUUGGCCUUAUCCACGGGUUCCUUUUUCCACUGUCAUUCACCACUACCAACCGAUACACUCCGUCGUCUCCCCCUCCACUUCCAGGUUCUUUCGCUUCUUAGUUCAGACUCCAAAGUACCUACUACUACGGAUACCCUGCUCUACUACUGACUGACUGGCCUUACUUUACCUUGCCUCUUCUCUUAAGCCUUUUACCCCCCUCCCCUUCGCUUUCUUUGUCUCACCUUUGGAUUUUUCAACUCGCUCAAAGAAGCUUCACACCUACUACCCUGGGACUCGACCUGGAUCUGCCAACCAUUGCUUUUUUGCCAAUUCAUCGUCGUUGUCGUCCUCGACCUCAGCUUAGCAUCUUACAUAUCUUAGACUCAAGAAUUCCAACUACUCCACUUGGAUACAACCGUUGCC